CUUUGAACAAACGAUUUAGUAAAGUAGAGCUAUCUAUGCUUAAAAGAACAUAGUUAACUUUACGAACAAAAUUUCUUAUAUGGACGCAAAAUUAUUGUCUUGAAAGUCAAAUCUUUCGCUAUACAGUACCAUGAGUGAUACAGUGUUAUACGUUGCUCGAUCAGUAAAGCUAUUCCAUGAAGCCGUAAUCUAAUAAAAUUGUUGCAGUCAAUUACAUCUGCUUAGCUUUCUGGCUCGGGCCAGAGAUUGUGUUGUCUCACUUUAUCAAUACAGAUGGCGGUGAAGUGCGUCCAGUCUAGAGGACUACUCAAUCAGUACAUAGCUGCUGUGGCAGACAUUGUCAAUACAGAUGGCGGUGAAGUGUGGACAUUCGGUUGGACUCUUUAAUCAGUACAUAGCUGCUCUGGCAGCAUGUUUAAGUGUUGUAAAUUCUUCAGCCUGCUGUGGGUGGAUCACACCGAUUCUGGACUACCUCCUCGGACCAGAUAGCGAGAUUCCGAUGACAAGCGCACAAACCUCUUGGGUCAUUCCUAUCAUAGAACUCGGCAAUUUUAUCACUCCACUACCAGCUGGGAUUCUAUCCGACUACAUAGGACGAAAACCAAUCAUCCUUGCCACUGGACCACUCUACAUCGUCAGUUGGCUGCUGAUCGUCUUCUACCCUUCAGUAACUAUGUUGGGAGCAGCUCGGCUCCUGCAAGGCCUCACGAUGGGACUUACAUUCACCGCUGCUCCUGUGUACUUGGGCGAAAUUGCUAGCAAAGAAAACAGAGGAGCCAUCACGAGCAUGUUCUUCAAUUCUUGGUGGCUGGGAUUUCUUAUCCAGUAUGCAAUGGGUUCUUUCCUUAGUUUUCAUAAAUACACGUAUUUUACGCUCUAUUUGAACAUACCUUUCAUGCUGUUAUUCUUCUGGCAGCCUGAGAGUCCUUAUUAUCACGUGAUGUGUGGAGACAUUGAAAAAGCGCGCAGUUCACUAACUAGGUUUAGAGAUGCCACCGUUGAUGAAUUGCAGAUAGAGCUAGAAGAGAUAAAGUUGAGUGUUGAAGCCAACCAGAGAUCAGCUGGUUUUCGUGAUCUCAUUACCUCCUCAGAAGGACGAAAAGCACUCACAAUUCUGCUGAUGUUAACAGGAGCUAAUAUCCUCAGUGGAACUGGAGCUAUCACAGUUUAUGCGACUCAGAUUUUCGAUAAGACCCCGAAUCUUUCUAUUCCACCAUAUGCGGUCACCAUAGUACUCGGUAUUGUAAUGUUAGUUGGGGGAGUCAUCAGUUCGUUCACCUCAGACUCUGUGGGAAGAAGGCCUUUACUGAUCAUAUCUUGCAUUGGAACUUUUAUUUCUCAAUUUAUCGCAGGAACAUAUUAUUUUCUAUUAUUUAAUACUACUCUAGAAAUCUCUUCAUUUAGUUGGAUUGCUCCAGUUUUGAUCCUCAUCUACUCUGGUUUAUGCACUGCAGGGAUGUAUCCCCUCUGUUCUGUCUAUACUUCGGAACUCUUCAAUUCCAACACUAGGGGGAUUGCUUCUAGUAUUUGUGCGAUAUGUGUAACUCUAUUUACUCUAAUAUCGUUGGUAUUAUACAAACCAGUUAAUGAUUAUUUAGGAUUGUAUGCCAAUUUUUAUAUCUAUUCGCUAACAAUUUUAGUUGGAGGCACGUACUGUUACCUUAACGCUCCGGAAACGAAAGGAAAGUCUUUUGUCGAGAUCAGGGAAGAGCUUAUAAAGUUUAAACAUUAGGGUUGUGCUAUAUGAUGUACAAGACUCUCUUCUAUUUAUUUGUAAUUUGAAUUCAAUUGGAGCAAUUAGUGCACAGGUGAAUAUUUUGAGAGUGAGCAUAAAAUAAAAAGACAAUGGAUCAUGUGAAAUUCUGGACUAAUUAAUAAUUAGACUAGUGACAUUAUUUUUUUCUUUAAAUAAAACAAAAGACUUCAAACAGAUUUGGUUGAGAAGUUCAACAGCAGAGUGAUAAAAAAAAUGUUUUUAACGACCGAUACCACUGACCGACGUCCCGCGUCGUCCUCACAGCCCACACACGCUGCACUGCGCGGCUGUCGUCGUGUCCUCCGGAGGAGCUCCCAUGAUCGGCACUCUAGACACAGUAUGGUCAGUAUGGACACUUGCAGGCGGAAGCACGGAAUUUGUAAAAGGUUUUCACCGCGGGAUACUGGCAUCAAAGGGAACUAAUAAGCGAAUCGCAUCCGUUCAGGAGGCUUUCAAAAUCCUCCUUACUUUGAGUUUUAAGAUAAAGAUGCAUUCUACUCAUGAGAUCACAUUUUAGACGACCAUUACGAGCUAGCGAGAGAGAGAGGGGGGGAGAGAACGAGAAGGUUGGACGGAGAGAUAGAUAAAUAGAUAGAUAGAUAGUGAGAGGGGAGUGGGGCAUCGACGGGGUUACAUUUUGAAUGACUGGGGCAGGAUCUAUGUUCAUAUAGGGAACGCAAUGUCGACCGAUCAGUCCAUGUCCCGUAAUCUCAGGUGAUUCUAAAUUGCCUUGACCAAUGGGGAACAAUUACCUGAUUCUACCUCACAGCCCAUAGUGCAAUUCAGUCCAGAUGAUCAAAUAUGAGAUAGAAAACACAAUAUACAAACCAAAUUAUACUAAAUAAUUAAAUAAUAUGUUAUACUAAUAAAACAUAGUUAUAAAUAGUAUACACUGGCCGCCUUGAGAGAUAGGAAGAGGCGGAAGGAGGGAUAACAUUAACUUGAUACCGUUCCUACCUGCAAAGUUCUCAACUUCCGAUUGGCAUGAGGAGAAGAGGGUUUUGUGAAGAGUAUUUCGAGCUCCCACGAAGUUCACGUAUAGAAAUAAACGGAUGAGUGCAGCUAUAAAAGCUUCAGAAGAGAGGUCUGGCACAUCUUAAAUGUGUACAGCUUUAUAGACAAGGGAUAAAAUUAUUCAUAUGAGAGUCUGAACCAUAGUAAGUUCUGAACCUACAUGGAGGUGUUUAACAUGAAAGUGGACAAUAAGAAAGUUUACCCCGUGGUGUCUCUAAGGAUGAAUGCCUGACAAUUGUCAGAAGGAAGGACUAAAUGCUUAAACCUAUCCCCUACCCUUAAGAGGCAAAGCUGGUCAACGAAGGUUCGAUGAACAGGGCUUGUGCGUUAGCAUCAGCUUCCGGUCAUCAUGAAGACCAAGUGAUGGAGAAGUUUGAAAAUUCUAAGUUGAGCCGUUUUCAGCUGCUAAGUAGGCAAUGAGCCACAGAGGUUGCUCUUUAUCACGAGAGAGUCGCAAAUCAUGGAACAUGCGCUAUACUGCACUGGAAUUUGAUCCAAGAAAAGAAUUUUGACAAAAUGGCCCAUUCAGGGGAGUGCAGGUCAACAGAGCAGUCUGCUUGAAUUCACUAGAGAACAAAAGGUCAGUGGUAGUGAAUUUGAAUGAGGCCACUCCGAUAAUGGCAGCAGUAGUUCGGUCCACAAGAUGAGGGGGAUACCAUGAGAAUCACAGUUAGCAGGGUUUUGCGCACUAGCAUUGUAACGACAACACCCCGCUGGAAUGAGUUCCUAUGUUUGCGCUACAGGAUUUGUCACAUAAGUUUGUAACCAAGAAAGGGAGGACAUAGCGUCUAUGUUUUACCUUAUUGUUCAGCGCAGUAACGAAUUUCACAAUUUCAGUCUUGUCAGAUCAGUUCGUUCUCUUCAGACUCUUUGGGCAGAAGAGCUUUACUGAUGAUACCUUGUGUCGGCUCUUUUAUUUCUCAAUUUAUCACAGAAACGUAUUAUUACCUAUCAUUUAACACUUCGCUAUAAAUCUCUUCACUUAGUUGGAUUGCUCCUCUAUAUUUUAUUCUUAUCUCCUCUGGUUUCUGCAUUGCAGGGAUGUAUCCCCCUAUGUUCUGUAUAUACUUUUAAACCCUCCAAUUGCACCAGAGGGAUCGAAUCUAGUCUUUGUACCAUAUUGUUUACAAUAUUUUCCUUAAUAUUGUGGGUAUUAUAUCAACCUUGCUUCAGAAACGAAAUGAAAUUUGUUUGAACUACAUUUAAUUUUCUACUUUGUAUUUAUAAUUUAAAUUUAAUUCCAUAUAAAUGACACAUAUAAGUUAGGAUAAGUUCUACUACAUUUUUAAGUGUUGUGUUGUAAAUUGUGCAUGAUUGUUCAAAACAACAAUAGAGUAUACGUUUAAGUGUAUAUAAUAUUAUGAAAACUAUUAUUUAAGUUUUCAUUUAGAAGUGUUUUGUAAUCAUAUUUUAUA